UUUCUUGAAUAAUGCAACCAUUAAAAGAGCAAUUGGAUGCAUGCCUGCGUAUGCUAGAUUGUAGUAGGGUGAACAAGGGCGACAUAAAUUGGCUAAAUGACUUCUGUGCAAAAUUUUUAAUAUUUGCAAAUAAGUUGCAAAUUUAUAUUAGUAAUCAAAUUGAACCUGAUUCAUUGGAAAUUAUUUGUCUGUGCUUAACGCAAAUACUAAUAUGUGUUCGACAAUUGGAAUGUACAAUUCAAACGGAGGAAUCGAGUGGCUUAAGGAUUCCCGCUAGUCAUUUACAUUUCACUGAUCGCAUCAAAGUUUGCCUCAAUCGACUAUGCAUUUGUCUGCUGUCCACAGUAAAAGGAGCUCCUCAAGAUAACGCCACAGAAGGCGUUUCCUUUCUUAAAUUACUGGAUUCUUUGCUUGACUCGCUUACAGAUUUCACAAGCGAGCAUGUGGAUAAAAGCUUUAUGGAUGUGAAUCUUUUAAGCAAGCAAAUAAAGUGCCAAGUGGAUUUGCUGCUAGGUCAGACGUUGUCCUUUGCCAAUGUGGCUUUGCAACAGGAUAAAAGGGCACUUAGCGCGCUAUGUCAAAGGGUUAUGCGCGAUUGCAGCGCCUUUCAAGAGGAUUGUCUUCUAGCCAGCAACUAUUCCAAUCAAAAAUUGAGAGCCUUAACCUUGGAGCAGGCGCUUUAUCAACUCGAGGAGUAUCUCAACGAGGCUCUCCUACGUUUGGUCUAUACAUGUUUUUUGGAUUUUCAAAGAAUUUCCGUUGAUAAAAUACGUAAUUUAUUGAGGAGCUCAAAUACAGAAGCAGCUGCAGAUGAAUUCAUAGCUGAUUUCGAUGUCAAUUUGGAUCGUGCAACACAAAUUGGCAUAUAUGCCAUAGCUUUUGCGCCCAACUUAAAAGUUAAAACCAUUGUACGCAGCUGUUUGGCUUCCUUUGAAUAUUUGGAUACCAGUUUAAUACCCUCGCUGCAAUCGAAUGCAUCUGAUUUACAUUCCGAACUAUUGGAACAGCACUUCAAGGAGGAAAUGUCAAAAUUUAAGCAAGCUCUGCAAGAGAUAAUAAAUAGUCGCGCCUUUGUCGCAUGUUAUCUGCAAAUAUUGACGAAUGCGCUCAAUUCAAUUGAAAAACAAUUCGACAAGGCGAAACUAGAGGAUCUUUUGCAAAUGGCUUUCUCAAUACUGGAACACUUUCAACUGGAUGUCAAUCGAAAGACUGUACUGCCACAAGGACAUGAACAGCUGCAAAACUUUGUGAAAAUUGUGCGCGAAUGCAAAGCGAUUCUAAUGUGCGCUUCCCAAGUAGAGCCCGAGCGCAUUAUUAAGAGAUUUAAAAUAUUACGCAACAUUCUGCGUAAGUUACACGUGCAUAUUGUCGACGAGGAGAAUAAACCAACUGGUUUCAGGGAAAAAGCGGAGCAGCCUCUGGAGGUUGAAGUGGAAGAAACAACAGACAGUUUGCAAGGUCUAGUAGCCUCUCCAUCACGCAGCAUACUUUACAAUACUCACAAGCAACGCAGUAAAGUGAAUAGCUCUAAGCUGGAAAAUUUUAAUACUGAUCAAAUGCAAUCCGAGUAUCUUAAGUUGAAAGUGCAGAACUGUUUACGCAGAAAGGAAAGCCUACGCACUACGAUGUUUAAGCGUCAUAAUGUUUUUGAAAGCGUCAAGCUUGCCACAAACAAUGAGAGCAACUCAGCGAGUCUGGAAAUUAGUGAAAUACUCAAUCAACUCACAUGCCUAACGUCCAGCUUCAACAAGAGUCUGCAGCCGAAGUAAAGAGAUUUAUUCCGAGCAUCAUAAAUUCCCUUCGUAUACCGCAUUCGUAUUUUUAGUUCGUAUUCGUAUUCAUACUCGCAUUCGUAGUGUUAGUACGCAGUGUUUGUUAUUUAGCUUUGCUUCUGAAGCAUACAAAAAACUUCAAAUAAUAUCAAAGAUAAUUUAUAAAAUCACAUCAAAUAACGUCCAAUAGAAAUUGUUCUAUUAAAACAGCAAGAGCAAGCGUAAAAUUGUGCUAUGCUAAACAUUCGAAUAUCGAUUUAUCCAAGCGAAAGCCAGUUGGACUUGUAGAUACAUAAAUAUACAUAGAUU